AGCCCUACAAAUACACGAUACAUAGACAGUAGACGGAUAUCGAGCUAGCAAAUGAAGAUGUCCUUUGUUGCGAAUGACCAUUUAACCGGGGUGUUUGUCGCUCUUUGACGGUGAUAAUGAUUUCCGUAAGCUACAUCCUGCUAUGUGGGCAAUUCCUUUUGUUAGUUACAGUAAUUCUUUUACAAUGUUUGGAAGGGAUCCAAUCCCAAAACUCUUCGACCGCAGAUGUAGCUCCUGCUUCCCUUGGUCCUGGUUCGACAAUUGUUCCUUUCUCCGAGCAAACCCUAGAAACUGUCAAAUAUGAAGUACCACUGGAAAGUACGAAUUACACAGACGCCUUUGAGUACACGGGUCUGUCACCGGUCGUCCUCUGCAGUUAUUUGCCAGAGGAGUUCAUCUACUGUCAGGACCCUGUGGAUCAUGCUGGAAAUCAAAGCGCCUUUCUGGAAAUGGGUCAUGGGUGUGUAGUGUGGGGAGGACAGACGAAGAAAGAAGUGAACCACACAAAAGUUGUCUGCACUGCACUUGAUGAGAUUGAAUGUGCCGGGCGCAGAGAAUUCCUGAGAGGGAAUGUACCCUGCAUCAAGUACACCGGACACUAUUUCAUCACCACUCUGCUGUACUCCUUCUUCCUUGGUUGUUUCGGGGUCGACCGUUUUUGCCUGGGCCACACAGGGACAGCAGUGGGGAAGCUGCUUACACUUGGAGGUUUAGGAAUCUGGUGGUUUGUGGACCUGAUACUGCUCAUUACCGGUGGCUUGAUGCCGAGCGAUUAUAGCAACUGGUGCACUUACUACUGACCAGAAGAGCGAUGCCUGAAGUUGAACCUUCCUUGUGUUGGAUACUGCAUUUUCAGAGAACAGAAAUGGGAUGUCAGGCUGGUUUCAAACUACCCAGCCGAGAUCCAGUCAGGUUACCUGUGGGGACACAAAAAUACACUAUUCUACUACCUGAGCGUUUUUCAUGUGAAAAACACCCUGUCAUGUGUACACGUCAGUCAAAAAACAAGCAGACAAAGAACAAACAUUAAAUCUUCUCCGCUUUCAAAUCAUUUCACUUUAAAAUUUUCCGUCAUAUUUGUGAGACUGACCCACAUGAGUCCACAUAAAAUUUUUUAAGUGUGGACUUAACAAUUUCAUGCAAUAUAUUCACUUUAUUCCCAACUCAAUUGAUGACGGCCUUCAACUAUGUUGGUUGCAGCUAGAACAUUAAUUCUCAUUGCCGCAAGAUGCAUGGCAGUGAGUUUUUAAACUUCAGAUGGUAG